AUGGGAUCAACCAGUGGGGAUUCUUCAGACGACUGGGAUAUGCAUAAGGACAAUUUUUUUGUCUCAGUAAGAUUGAGGCCUUUGAAUGAGAAGGAACUUGCAAGAAAUGAUGUAUCUGAUUGGCAAUGCAUAAAUAACACAACUGUCAUGUUCAAGAGCAGCACUCAGGAUCGAUCAAUAUUGCCCACUGUUUAUACAUUUGAUAGAGUGUUUGGGCCGGAGAUUCCUACAAAACAUGUGUAUGAAGAAGCUGCCAAGAAGGUUGCCCUUUCGGUAUUGAGUGGAUUAAACUCAAGUAUUUUUGCGUAUGGGCAGACAAGUAGUGGAAAAACUUAUACAAUGUCAGGAAUUACAGAAUAUGCAGUUGCAGACAUAUACGACUACAUAAAGAAUCAUCUGGAAAGAGAGUAUGUGCUAAAAUUUUCUGCAUUGGAGAUAUACAAUGAGAUUGUAAGAGACCUUCUCAGCUCAGAUGCAGCUCCACGUCGACUUCUUGAUGAUCCAGUGAGAGGAACUGUUGUCGAGAGACUUACUGAGGUGGAAGUGAAGGACUUCAGCCAUCUAAAAGAGCUCCUGUCCUUCUGUCAAGCUCAAAGGAUAGUUGGGGAAACCAAUCUUAAUGAAGUGAGCUCUAGAUCUCACCAAAUUCUUUGCUUGACUGUUGAAAGUGAAACUCGCAGAUACUUCGGCAAUGAAGAUGCAAGCAGUCUCAUGGCUUCAGUGAAUUUUGUUGAUCUUGCUGGAAGUGAACGUUCUUCUCAAACAGGUGCUGCUGGCAAGAGGGAAAAAGAAGGCUCCCACAUUAACCGCAGUUUGCUGACGCUCGGGACAGUAAUUCGAAAAUUAAGUAAAGGAAGAAACGGGCACGUUCCAUUUAGAGACUCGAAGCUGACACGCAUAUUACAGAAUUCGUUGGGAGGAAAUAGCAGAACUGCCAUUAUUUGCACAUUGAGCCCUGCUCACUGUCAUGUCGAGCAAUCAAAAAGCACACUUGUAUUUGCCAAUUGUGCCAGGAAAAUUAGUACCAAUGCUCAUGUUAAUGUCAUUACUCCAGAGAAAGCUCUAGUGAAGCAGCUGCGAAGAGAAAUAGCGAGACUUGAGAAUGAGGUGAAGACGUUGAGUUCGCUUGUCGCCUCAGGCGAUUCUGCUUCCACCCUGAAAGAGAAAGAACUUGUCGAAAAGCUUACUGAAGAGAUUAGGCAACUAACUCGACAACGUGACCUGGUUCAAUUAAGUGGUGAAGACAUGUUGCAUUCAAGAUCAGUUUCUAUGACUGAUUUUCAUAACCAUGAGAAAGGUUUAUGGGCAGAUGAAUGUUCAGCUUCUGAAGCAUCAGAUACAAUCGAUCCUUUUCAUUCCGAUGUUUCAUCUAGGACAUCUCAAUUUUCCGAAAACCUUGAAAACACAAGUUCUAGUCGAAUCGAAGAUCAGUUCUCCAUGAUUUUUCUAUCAGAUGACACGUCUCCAAGACUGUACAUUGAUAAGUAUUUUGGUCCACAGUCCCCGCCUGAUCCUGGCUGGGAGAACUUCAUUUCUGAUAAGGAGCUCGAAGUUAAAUUACCUGAGUUUCAGUGUAUAGAAUUUGAUUUCACCAAGAGAAAUACUUCUGCAAGCAUGUCUUCAGCACACGAGGAUGAUAAGACUUCAGGGAAGAACUCUCAGUGUCGAAUCGAGGAAGAUAUAUCCGAUCCAAGUGUCAAUGUAUCAGGCAAUAUAAGCUGUUCCUUGUUGGAAAAAGAUAAUGAAAAGGUAUCACAGAAUGAUGCAAAAAUUCAAUCAGCUCCUUCAAAUAUCACGCUAGAAGAAUAUUUCCGCAGUGCUCCGAGCACUGACUGCAAGAAUGAAAAAGAAGAACACAUCACAACAUCUAAAGAAGGCGUCAAAGUCCUGCAACCCGAAUCGCGUAAGGAAGUAGAGACAGAGGCCAACAGCAGAAAUAGACAAAUUCAAGAAACUAGUAGUUCUACAAGGAAUGACUUCAAGAAUGAAAAAGAGUCGCCUAUUAUGAAGAGAUCUGAUCAAGGCAGGAUCAAGCAACAAGAUUCUGGCAUGGAAGAACUGGAGAAAGAGAUCAUGAGCAACUUAGCGAAACAGUUCGAAGAUGAUUUUGCGAGAGAGGACCCCUUGCUUGACCAAGCAAUUUUCCAACAGGUCAUCCAGGAUAGAAGAACACCCGACGAUCAUACAGAGGGAAGAUUUGAUAAAGAUCAGGAUGUGGGAUCUUCAUCCAACUGGCAUACUAAAUUCGAGAAGCAGAAGCAAGAGAUAAUCGAACUAUGGGCCGAAUGCAACGUGCCAUUAUCCUAUCGAACGUACUUCUUCCUUCUCUUCAAAGGCGAUCCAUCGGACACAGUAUACAUGGAGGUCGAGCUGAGGAGAUUGUCGUUUCUUAAGAGCAAACUACAUGGAAACAGAACAGUUAAAGACGAUCAAUUCUUGGCAGAUGCCACAAGUGCAAAGGCUCUGAAUCAGGAGAGGGAAAUGCUGAGCAGACAAAUGCGGAGGAAGUUGUCCAGGAAGGAGAGGAAAGCUCUGUACCAGAAAUGGGGGGUUGACCCGAAAACUAAGCGGAGGCGGCUGCAGCUCUGCCGGAAGCUGUGGACCGACACCACAAGCAUGGAACACGUCAAGGAGAGUGCUGCCAUUGUUGCCAAAUUGGUUGGGUUUAAGGACCCUGGAAACGCCCUGAAAGAGAUGAUCGGGCUCAGUUUCUUACAGAAGCCCGACAGCCACAGGGCCUCUUCCUGGAAGAAAAGAAGACACAGCCUCAGCCUGCCUUCCUUGAUAUGA